CCCACAGCACCACAGAGGGAAUUAUCAACCUUGCCACAAUACCAUCGACUACUGGGCGCAGCUGCUGCAAGCAUGAUUAAGAAAAUGUCACCAUCCGAGAAUGAGUUCGACAUCCCGGCCAAGAAUUGCCACAGGAUGGUCAUUCUGGGCUCCACCAAAGUUGGCAAGACAGCCAUCAUCUCUCGGUUUCUGAACGAGAGGUUUGACGACCAGUACACACCCACGAUAGAAGACUUUCACAGGAAAUUCUACAGCAUCAGGGGAGACGUUUACCAGCUGGACAUUUUGGACACCUCUGGCAAUCACCCUUUCCCCGCUAUGAGGAGGCUCUCCAUCCUUACUGGUGAUGUGUUCAUCUUGGUGUUCAGUCUGGAUAACAGGGACUCCUUCCAAGAGGUGCAGCGCCUGAAACGCCAGAUAUUUGAGACCAAGUCCUGCCUUAAAAACAAAACCAAGGAGAACAUCGACGUCCCGCUUGUCAUCUGCGGCAACAAGUGCGACCGGGACUUUUACCGUGAGGUGCAGGAGGAGGAGAUCGAGCAGCUGGUGGCCGGAGACGAGCAGUGCGCCUACUUCGAGAUCUCGGCGAAGAGGAACACAAACGUAGACCAAAUGUUUCAGACUCUCUUUACCAUGGCAAAGUUGCCCAACGAGAUGAGCCCGGACCGUCACCGCAAAGUGUCCCUGCAGUAUUGCGAGGUUCUUCACAGGAAGUCCUUCAGAAACAAGAAGUACAAGGACGGAAGCGCGUACGGGAUUGUGGCGCCCUUCGCACGGAGACCGAGCGUGCACAGUGACUUGAUGUACAUUAAGGAGAAAGCUAUAGGAGGCAGCCAAGCCAAAGAGAAAGGCUGCGUCAUAUGCUAAGAACUUGUUUGUCAUUGUAAGACAGAGUUGCGGUGAAACAAAAGUUUUGUUACGGGGUAAGAUACGCCCUGGACUCGGUGACACAGACUGUCUCCUCUCCUCCAGGCGGCAGCGCAGGGGUGUGCGCUCCGAAAUGCGGCGAGACGCUCGGAGAGCGCCUCGGCUGAUAGCCGUGUAGUGAUGUAGCAGAUGUGCUGAACAUGCUGUAAAAUCUGCCUCUACUGACGAUGUAUAGCUUGCCGAGUCGUAGAUUACGGGAAAUUGUUUACAUUUUGCUAUUUUAUAUAU